AUGAAAAUUUUGGAUCUAGAAGAACUUGAAGGAAACUCAUCAGAUGAUUCUGAUUUCAUGCCAAAAGAGGAGUCAGGAUCUGUUGCGCCCGAACGUAAAAUUAAUGUAGAUGCCCUAUGGGAGGAGCUAAAUGACGAUAAACCAAAUGCUCUAGAUGAACAUAAGAUCAAAGAUUUUCAAAAUUCAACGUCGGAGGAUCAAAUGAUUACUAUAACAAAAACCUUUGAAUUUGCUGGUGAAAUAGUAACAGAGCAAAGGCGGGUUCACAUAGAUUCGGAAGAGGCCAAAGCUUAUAUCGAAAGUCAAACAAAAACAAACAAUACAACAGGAAAUAAUAGCAUAUCAGAAGUUUCCGUUUCGCCGGUGGAGGAAACAGAAUCUGCCAAACCAUCAGCUAGUUCCACAAAGAAAACUCGGUCACCAAUUGCUGUCGCUAUGGCGGAACGUGGGAAAUUUGGUAGACCGAAAUCAAAUCUCAGUCAACUCGCUGCUUCGUUAAACAAAAAACCUGUCAAAAUUAACACUCUGGAAAAAUCAAAAAUGGAUUGGAAGAAAUAUGUUGAAAAAGAAGGAAUUGUUCAUGAGCUCAAAUAUCAUAAUAAAAAUGGGUUCGUAGAAAAGCAAGAAUUUUUACAGCGAACAUACGAAGCACGAGAUUCUGAAAUAAAAGCACUAAGAAAAGGAGUUAAAAAAUGA